CCAAGCGAACAUUCACAUCGAUCGUGAGUCCGUAGCGACUGCUUCUGUCUGUGGUGUAGGUAUGGCGCCCGCGAGGAAGCCGAGAGGCGGCGGGAACCCACGUCAGGGUCCCGCCUUGUGCUGACUGCGACCUUGGUCCGAGUGGACUAUGGGGGAUCCCGGCUCCCUGGUCACGGAAGGCCGCGCGGGUGAACGGAGCUGGUGCUUGCGGCGAAUAGGGAUGAACGCCGAGUGGCUGCUGCUGGAGGAUGGCAACGAGGUGACUGUAGGGCGAGGAUUUGGUGUUACAUACCAGUUGGUAUCAAAAAUCUGCCCUCUGAUGAUUUCCCGAAACCACUGUAUUUUGAAGCAGAAUGCUGAGGGCCAGUGGACAAUUACGGACAACAAGAGUCUAAAUGGUGUCUGGCUGAACAGAAAACGUCUAGAACCUUUAAAGGUCUAUUCUAUCCAUAAAGGAGAUCACAUCCAGCUUGGGGUACCUCUGGAUAAUAAGGAGAAUGCAGAGUAUGAAUAUGAAGUUACCGAAGAAGACUGGGAGAGGAUUUAUCCUUGUCUUUUCCCUAAAAGUGACCAGAUGAUGGAAAAAAAUAAGGGCUUGAGAACUAAAAGGAAAUUUAGUUUGGAUGAAUUAGAGGGUUCUGGAGCUGAAGGCCCCUCAAAUUUGAAAUCCAAAAUAACUAAAUUGUCUUGUGAACCUGGUCAGCCAGUGAAGUCACAUGGGAAGGGUAAAGUGGCCAGUCAACCUUCUGAAUAUUUGGAUCCUAAGUUGACUUCUUUUGAGCCAAGUGGGAAGACCACAGGGACUCAUGUUAACCCAGGCCCUGCAAAAGUUAUAGAGCUUCAUCAUCAUAAGAAGAAAGCCUCAAAUCCUUCAGCAUCUCAGAGCAACUUAGAGCUGUUUAAGGUAACCAUGUCCAGGAUCCUAAUGCUGAGAACACAGAUGCAGGAAAAACAGGUAGCUGUUCUGAAUGUGAAAAAGCAGACCAAAAAAGGGAGCUCAAAGAAGAUUGUGAAAAUGGAGCAGGAACUGCAGGAUUUACAGUCCCAGCUGUGUGCGGAGCAGGCCCAACAGCAGGCCAGAGUGGAGCAGCUGGAGAAGACCAUCCAGGAAGAGCAGCAGCAUCUCCAGGGUUUGGAGAAAGAGGAAGGCGAAGAGGACCUGAAGCAGCAGCUGGCCCAGGCUCUGCAGGAGUAUCGGUCGCUGAUGGAAGAGCUAAAUCGCAGCAAGAAGAACUUUGAAGCAAUCAUUCAAGCCAAGGACAAAGAAUUGGAGCAGACCAAGGAAGAGAAGGAGAAGGUGCAAGCACAGAAGGAGGAAGUUCUUAGCCACAUGAAUGACGUGCUAGAGAAUGAGCUCCAGUGUAUUAUUUGCUCAGAAUACUUCGUUGAGGCUGUCACCUUGAACUGUGCCCAUAGUUUCUGCUCCUACUGUAUCAAUGAGUGGAUGAAGAGGAAAGUAGAAUGCCCCAUUUGUCGGAAGGACAUCAAGUCCAAAACCCGCUCCCUGGUUCUGGACAAUUGCAUUAGUAAGAUGGUAGACAAUCUGAACUCAGAAGCGAAAGAACGACGAAUUGUCCUCAUCAGGGAACGGAAAGGAAAGAGAUUGCUCUGAAGACAGUGCUCCAGAGACGUUGACAGACUGCCAGGUACUGGGAGCUUCAGAUGGUCUGGAAGAUUCUCCUGGAUGGUCUUGGGUGGCUCUGAGAGUGUGGGAUGGAGCCACUGGGACAGACUGAGUUAGGAAGCCCUCCAUCACGAGCCUCCGCCUGGGCCGUCCCUGCUGCCACCAUUGUCUGAAGCCCCAACUGCUUCAGGGUACUUGAUAGACUCUGUUCACUACAUGUUGUAUGGGUUAUAUAUUUCUGUUGUACUUUUUAAACUUGUUGUUGUUAUUGUUUGGGUACCUCAGAAGCACCUCUGUAGACAUUUGUUUGGGACAAAUUGGGUAUUACCCCUAUUGCUGCCCCCAGAGGCAAAGGCAGCCUCUAUUUGAGAGGAUGGCAUACCUCUUUGUGAAAACAAGAUGUCAUUUCCUGAAAAUAAAAUGUAAAACCGAUCAGUU